GGCAAGUCCAUGUUUGAUUUCAGCUCCACCAGCCAACGUUCCGUGAGUCAGUGAGAAAGCUCAGAGAUUUCACAAAGCUCAACUCAACCUGCCAGUUGUCCACAACCAAACCAGACCACCAUGUGCAGGGACGCAAGGAACUGGGACGAAGAAUCAUACAGAGAAACCAUAUUGAAGGAGAGGGAGAUCCAAACCCGAACCGUAUUCCGAACCGUUUGGGCUCCAUCCCUUAACCCUAACCCGGACGCCAUCGUCGUCGCCUCCAGCGAUGGAUCGGUUUCUUCAUACCUCAUCCCCUCCCUCGUAUCCAAGCCCCCCCUGGGUUUUAGCAAUGUGAAAGCCCCACACUCGUUAAUGGCUAAACCUGCUUGCUUCCUUCAAGCUCACGAAGGCCCUGCAUACGAUGUUAAGUUUUACGGCCAUGGCGAGGAUGCUGUUUUACUGAGUUGUGGUGACGAUGGUCGGAUUCGAGGAUGGAAGUGGAAGGAUUGUGUAGAAGCAGAGGCGCCUAUUCAUUUGCAAGGAACCCAUGUGAAGCCACUACUUGACCUGGUGAAUCCGCAGCAUAAAGGUCCGUGGGGGGCUUUAUCUCCAAUCCCUGAAAACAAUGCUCUUGCCGUUAAUGAUCAGGGGGGAUCCAUUUUUUCUGCUGCUGGUGAUUCUUGUGUCUAUUGCUGGGAUGUGGAAAGUGGUCAAGUCAAAAUGACUUUUAAGGGGCACUCAGACUACUUGCAUUCUAUAGUUGCCCGGAACUCUACCAAUCAGAUCAUAACUGGUUCAGAGGAUGGGACAGCUCGUAUAUGGGAUUGCAGAAGUGGAAAGUGUGUUCAAGUGUAUGAGCCAGCAAAGGGUACUAAAUUGAAAGGAUUUUUUUCGUGCGUAAGUUGCAUGGCUCUUGAUGCAAGUGAAAGCUGGUUGGCUUGUGGUAGUGGUCGGAGUUUAUCAGUUUGGAAUCUUCCUGCUUCUGAAUGCAUUUCAAGGACUUCAACUCGUGCAUCUGUACAGGAUGUAGUAUUCGACGAAAAUCAAGUAUUAGCAGUUGGAGCAGAACCUCUACUUUGCCGUUAUGACAUAAACGGGGCGAUCCUUUCACAAAUGCAAUGUGCUCCUCAGUCAGCCUUUUCCGGUAUUUAUAAAAAAAAUUCAAUAUUGGUGAUGUUUUUCGCUUAUACUAUUGUUUGUACUUUUGCAGUCAUGGCAGCUCCAGAAGGAUCACAAUUUGAUACUCGUCAGUAUGAUUCCAAAAUGACUGAGCUACUUGCAACUGAUGGGCAGGAAUUCUUUACAUCAUAUGAUGAAGUUUAUGAUAGUUUUGAUUCUAUGGGUCUGCAAGAGAAUCUUCUGAGGGGCAUUUAUGCUUACGGUUUUGAAAAACCCUCAGCUAUUCAGCAAAGGGGAAUUGUUCCAUUCUGCAAGGGUCUUGAUGUUAUUCAACAGGCUCAGUCUGGAACUGGGAAGACAGCGACUUUCUGUUCUGGUAUUCUUCAACAGCUUGAUUAUGGUUUGACAGAAUGCCAGGCCUUGGUUCUUGCCCCAACUCGAGAGCUUGCUCAACAGAUUGAGAAGGUCAUGAGGGCUCUGGGAGACUAUCUGGGUGUGAGGGUCCAUGCUUGUGUUGGUGGAACCAGUGUUCGUGAAGACCAGCGCAUUCUGUCAAACGGGGUUCAUGUUGUUGUGGGCACUCCUGGUCGUGUUUUUGACAUGCUAAGGAGACAGUCGCUUCGUCCUGAUAACAUCAAAAUGUUUGUUUUGGAUGAGGCUGAUGAGAUGCUUUCCCGAGGUUUCAAGGAUCAGAUCUAUGAUAUAUUUCAGCUUCUGCCAUCAAAGAUUCAAGUUGGGGUGUUCUCUGCCACAAUGCCACCCGAGGCCCUUGAGAUCACAAGGAAGUUCAUGAACAAACCUGUGAGGAUUCUUGUGAAGCGUGAUGAACUCACCCUGGAGGGUAUAAAGCAAUUUUAUGUCAAUGUUGACAAGGAGGAAUGGAAGCUUGAGACUCUUUGUGAUCUUUAUGAAACUUUGGCCAUUACCCAGAGUGUCAUUUUCGUCAAUACUCGACGCAAGGUUGAUUGGUUGACUGACAAAAUGCGGAGCCGAGACCAUACAGUUUCUGCCACCCAUGGAGACAUGGACCAGAACACCAGAGACAUCAUCAUGCGGGAGUUCCGUUCUGGGUCAUCUCGUGUCUUGAUCACCACUGAUCUUCUGGCUCGUGGUAUUGACGUUCAGCAAGUCUCCCUUGUUAUAAACUAUGACCUGCCUACCCAGCCAGAGAACUACCUCCACAGAAUUGGGCGUAGUGGACGAUUCGGCAGGAAGGGUGUUGCCAUCAACUUUGUAACAAAGGAUGAUGAGAGGAUGCUGUUUGACAUCCAGAAGUUCUAUAACGUGCUUGUGGAGGAGCUGCCAUCGAAUGUUGCUGAUCUCCUCUGAUGAGAUUUUGUCCUCUUUAGAAAAUUACCAAGGAAAAGCUGGUUUCUGCUUAGUAGUAAGUGUUGUUUUGUUUGAAGUUUAUUUUCUGUUUUUCGUCGUUCCAGCCGCCACAUCCACCAUUUUGUGUCUUCUCUUAUUAUUAUUACCUUAUCAUUAUUAUAGGUCUAGUUCUUUAUAAUUUAUGGUUGUUGGAUACUAUUUUAAGUGGUACAAGUGCACUUGCAAUGUGAAAACCAUCAUUGCCUUGAUCGGUUGUGGUAGCAACUGUUGUUGCAUAACAUAUCUUCUAGCUACUAAUAUGUAUGUAUUUUUUGAGUUGAACUUUGGUUUUUUUGAUGUUUUAAUUUUGGUU